AUGGAUAUUUUUGAAAGACUUGGAGCAAAAGGAGUGAAAUUUAAUUUUGAAAUUGAAUUUCACUACAUUGAAAUUGAAUUACCUCAAGAAACUCAUAUAAAAGUUGAAUGAAAAAGCCGUAAGAUUUAUAUAGACACAAAAUCAAUCAAAACAUCUAGUGAAAUAGUAUGCAAGGCUCUAUGAGUAAGCCAAAAAAUUUUUUUAAAAAUAUAAAAUAGUUUUUAAUUAAGGUAUAGCUUUACUUAAUCUUACUCCCCCCCCCCCCCUCCGUGAGCGAACAAAAAAAUUUUGUUCGCUCACGGAGGGGGGUUAAUUUUUUUUUUUUAAAAAAAAAUUUAUAUAUAAAUUUUAUAAAAAAUAUUUUUUUCGAAAUUUAAAAAAAAAUCCUAAUUUGCAAAAAUUGGGAAGCAAAUAUUAAUUUAAUUUGCAAAAUUUAUGUUUUAAAACGCAAUUUGUUUAAAAUUAAACAGAAUUAGCUCUAGAUUUCAUUAUACUAAUUAUCACUUAUAUAUCAAAAUUUUUUUCCAUUAAAAUUUUUUCUAUUAAAAAAAUUUUUGUUCACUCACGGAGGGUGGGUUUUUGGUCAAAAAAUGGCGAUUUUUCUAAUGGUUUUGUUCGCUCACAGAGGGGGGGGGGGAGUUAGUAGAAUAGUAGACAACGAUAAAACUAAGGUGGAUAUCGAGGAAACAUUAUCAAACACCCAUACGAUUUAUACUAAAAAGCACUCGAUUCCUGAUAAAAAAAUCGAGCUAAAAGUCCUUGGCGAGAUUAAUGGAAAAAUCAAAGAUAUUGGAAAAGUUGUUUUAAAUCUUGUUGAAUACUUAGACGCUCCAGUCAUUGAACAAGUCCACAGAAUCGAAAAAUGCAAAGACAAGAACGCGAAAAUUUGUAUUUCUGUAAAAGCUGAAAGCUUAGGAGCAGCCACAUUAUCAUCAACCAUGAUGGGAUCAACAAUAGGAAAUGAAGCAGUUGAAGAUCCACAACAAUUAGAAGAGCCACAACAAGAAGUUUUAUUAUCUGAGGAAACUCAACAUGUCCUCACAGAGCUUAAAACUCAGUGUGAAAAAUCAGAAAAAACCCUUGAAGACCUCUCACAUGAGAAUCAUGAACUCAAAGAAAAAAAUUCUAAAAAAGACCAGGAUGCUAAUUACUCUGAAGAAAGCGAAAAUAAAUUAAAUGAAAAAAUAAAAAAGGCAAAAGCAAAAAAUAAAUCAAGAAAGCAAGAUAUUGAAAAAAUAGAAAAUAAUGUGGAAGAGCUCAAUGAAGUAUUGGAAAGGCUGAAGUAUGAGAAAGAAGGCAUAAUAAAAGAGCUAGCAAUGAAAGAAUUAGACAAAAAAGAGUAAAAAACAUUUAGGGAUCAUUUAAAAGAUAAAAUUGAUGAGCUUAAAGAGAUAAGGGAAAGGAUAGAAGAGGAAGAAUCAAAUCAAAAAAAAGAUGAAAAUGAACUCAAUAAAAAUAUUCAAUUACUUACUUCCCCCUCCGUGAGUGAACAAAAAAAAUCUUGUUCGCUCACGGAGGGGGUUAAUUUAUUUUUUUAAAAAAAUUUAUAUAGAAAUUUUAUAGAAAAUUUUUUUUUCUUCGAAUUUAGAAAAAUCCCCACUUCUCAAAAUUGGAAAGCAAAUAUUAAUUUAAUUUGUAAAAUUUAUGUUUUAAAACACAAUUUAUUUAAAAAUUAAACAGAAUUAGCUAGAGGUUUCAUUAUACUAAUUAUCACUCAUAUAUCAAAAAUUUUUUCCAUAAAAAAUUUUUGUUCACGGAGGGUGGAUUUUAUGGCAAAAAAUAGGAAUUUUUCUAAUGGUUUUGUUCGCACGGAGGAGGGGAGUUAGUAAGAAAAAGUAAAUUUUAAUGCAGCGAUUUCCUUGAAAGCGAAAUAGAAAGGCUAACUGCCCCCCCAUCCUUGAUCGAACGACUCGCCAUCGUUCGAUCAAGGAUGGGGGUUAAAAAAAAAUUUUUCGGGAAAAAAAAUUUAUAUAUAAAAUAAAAAAAUAUAUAUAGAUAUUUGUUUUAUUUACUUUUUAAAUAAGAGGGUUAAGAAUAUUUAAUAAUUAUUUUUACAGCAAAAAAUUUAAUUUAUUUCAUAAAAUGCCAAUUUUUAAUAUUUUGAUUUAUUAGUUACCCCUUUUAAACUGUAUAAAUUUUAAUUUGUUCCUUAUUAAAUUAAAUUUUUUUAAAAAAAUUUUAAAAGAAUCUGUAUUUUAUUAGAUUAUUGAGUUUUUAAGCAUAUGUUAAUCACUAAAUCACUUCGGAUGGCUGAUUCCGCAGCUUUCUGUCGUCUCAAAGCCUCUGAAAGCAACUUCAUUAUGUACAUCUUCCCAAGCUUUUGAUAAAUAAUAUAUUUUUUAUAUAUAUAAAUAUUUGCAUGAUAUGAAAAUCGUUCGAUCAAGGAUGGGGGCUAAUUUCCCCAAUUUUAGGAAUUUUUACAGUCAAUCGUUCGAUCAAGGGAUGGGGGGGAGUAAGAGUAAAACUGUAAUAUUAAUACAGAGAACCAGCUCAGAAAGAAGAAGAAAGAGAUGAAAUCGAAGAAAUGCUUUUCGAUAACAUGAAAAAUUUAAGGAAUAUUACCACAAGAUAUACAGUUACUGAAAAACCUCGCAAGGAUUUAGUUUAA